AUGCAUUGGAACUUGAGUUCUUCUCUUUCAUACCUUGACCUACGAAUGAAUAAUUUUCAUGGUAAAAUACCUGAGAAUUUUGCUGAAGGUUGCAGCUUAAAAAGUUUUCUAAUCAGCAACAACCAAGUCGAAGGGUCACUACCACGAUCUUUGGGUAAUUGUAAAGAUUUGAAUCUUCUUGAUGUUGGGAACAACUAUUUAAAUGACACUUUCCCAAAUUGGUUAGGAAAUUUGGAUCAGUUACAAGUGCUUGACUUGAGAUCGAACAAAUUCUAUGGUAAGGUGGAUAGCUCUGAUGUUACCUUCACUUGUUUGCGUGUCAUUGAUCUCUCUCGUAAUAACUUCAGUGGCUACCUACCUGUAAAUUUUUUUGAAAAUUUGCAUGCCAUUAGAGAAGGGAAUGAAAAGAAAUAUAAACCAGAAUACAUGGAAGAGGUAACAGCUGGUGGAGCAACAUAUAUUGUGCUAGGUUUAUCUUUUACAAUGAAAGGAUUGGAAACAGAGUUUGAGUACCUAUUAACCAUUUGGAUGGCAAUAGACUUCUCCAGCAACCAAUUCAUAGGAGAAAUUCCUAAAACAAUUGGAGAGCUUCAUUCACUAAUUGUCCUAAAUCUCUCUCAUAAUUGUUUAACAGGUCCUAUCCCAACAUCAUUAGGUGAUUUGUCAGAACUUGAAUCAUUAGAUCUCUCAUCAAACAAGCUCCAUGGAAGAAUUCCAACAGAGUUUACAAAUCUUGGAUUCCUAGAGGUGUUAAACCUUUCUCAUAAUAAUCUCGUGGGACCCAUUCCUCAAGGAAAACAGUUGGAGACUUUCAGUAAUGAUUCCUACAUAGGAAACUUGGGUUUAUGUGGAUUGCCAUUAUCAAAAAGUUGUGAUAAUGAUGAGGGAACUCCAGCCAAAUUUGAUAGAGAUGAUGAUGAUGAUGGAUUGAAUUGGAAAUUUUCUAUACUGAUGGGGUAUGGAUGUGGGUUGGUGUUGGGAUUGAGCAUGGGAUACAUUGUAUUCGCAACUGGAAAACCAUGGUGGUUCAUUAAGAUCUACGUGAGAGUUCAAAAAAGAAUUGCAAAAAAAUAA